AUGCCUUCCAAAUUCCCAGAGAUCCAGGGCGGAGGCUCCCUGAUUCUCGCAUGGCAGAUCAAAGGCAAGGAAGUUCUCGUGAUCGGCGGUGGUGAGGUCGCUGCCGGCCGGAUCGUCAACUUGCUCAAUGCCGACGCCAAAGUCACGGUUGUGUGCCCGCGCGGGGGCCUGAAUGAAGAGGUGGCAUAUCGGGUAGACCAUAGGCAGGUCAAACAUGUCGACCGAGUUUUCCUCCCUCUCGACCUCGAGCCUGAAAAGAAAGUGGCUAUGGUACUCAGCGCGAUCGACGACCCAGAGGCAUCCACGCGGAUAUGGAAAUACUGUAAGAAAAUGAAAGUGCCUGCCAAUAUCGCCGAUGUCCCUCCGGAAUGCGAUUUCUACUUUGGCAGCGUCCACCGCGACGGUCCUCUCCAGAUCAUGGUAUCUACCAACGGGAAUGGGCCUAGGAUGGCGGCGGCUCUCCGGCGACAGAUUGCCGACAUGCUACCCAAAGGCACGGGAGACAGCAUUAAGAAGGUUGGGCAACUGAGGCGAAUGCUCCGAAAAGCAGCGCCGGGCAAAAGCACGCGCGACAUCAGUAGGAGGAUGAGCUGGAUGAGCGAGAUCUGUGACAAAUGGAGCGCCGAGGAGUUCAACGCCAUGGACGAAGAGGACAUGGACAAGCUGGUGCAAUUCUACGAGCGGGGCAUGGUGCCGAGCUUUGAGGAGAUUCGGCUUGGAUAUCGCGGAGAUGUGGUCUGGGAAUUUGACGGGUCAUUUGGAUGGAUGUGA